GGACCCAGUUAGCAUGUGGAUAUUGUUAUGUUACAUUUCCGGUAGUUGAAGUUUCCUCCUUCAAGGCAAGAUCUGGUCCCUCUCUCUCUCUCUCUUCUUCUCUUGUUGUGGGCCUCAACUUGAUCUAUUACUCUGCCACACCAAGUAAGUGUACCUUUGAAUUUGAUUUGCAGGAUUCUGGGAUUCUCAUGCAAAGAAAUUGCAAAUGGGGAAAAAAGGAAGUUGGUUUUCUGCAGUGAAGAAAGUUUUCAGUUCAGAUUCCAAAAAAGACAAGAAAAAACAGAAAAGCGACAAGUCAAAGAAAGCAAGCAGUGACAAGGAUGCAGAAGCAGCUGUUGUUCUUCCACCAAUAGAAGAUGCCAAAUUAAUUGAGGCAGAGAAGGAACAGAGCAAACAUGCUGCUUCUUUGGCUUUUGCCACUGCUGUUGCUGCAGAGGCUGCUGUUGCCGCUGCUCAGGCUGCUGCCGAGGUUGUUCGUCUCACAAGUAUGCCACAUUACACUGGAAGGACUAAGGAAGAAAUUGCAGCCAUCAAGGUUCAGACUGCAUUCCGUGGAUAUAUGGCAAGAAGGGCAUUGCGUGCGUUGAGAGGAUUGGUGAGGUUGAAAACAUUAGUACAAGGGCAAUCUGUUAAACGGCAAGCUGCUAGCACCCUACGAAGCAUGCAAACUCUAGCAAGAUUACAGUCUCAGAUUCGUGAAAGGAGAAUUAGAAUGUCCGAAGAGAACCAAGCUCUUCAGCGCCAACUACAUCAGAAACAUGAAAAAGAACUUGAGAAGUUGCGUGCUGCUGUUGGAGAAGAAUGGGAUGAUAGCUCGCAGUCAAAGGAGCAAAUUGAAGCAAAAUUGUUGCACAGGCAAGAAGCUGCUUUGAGAAGAGAGAGAGCUUUGGCCUAUUCAUUCUCACAUCAGCAAACAUGGAAGGGCUCUUCAAAGUCAUUAAAUCCAACAUUUAUGGAUCCAAACAAUCCCCAAUGGGGGUGGAGUUGGCUAGAGAGAUGGAUGGCUACUAGGCCAUGGGAUGGCCAUAGCACUGUGGUGGAUCACAAUGACCAUGCAUCUGUGAAGAGUGCAGCGAGCCGUGCCGUGUCUGUAGGGCAAAUCACCAAAUUGUACUCUCUCCAAGAUAAAAAACCUUCCCCUUUUGGCUCAAAAGCAAGAAGACCUGCCCCUCAAAGUUCCCAUUCAAAGGCACCAUCUACUAAUGGAAAAGCAAGGCCAUCAAGCUCAACAAAGGGUAGUAGUGUUUGGGGUGGAGAUGAGGACUCAAGAAGCAUGUUUAGUGUUCAGUCGGAGCGCUACCGCCGACACAGCAUUGCAGGAUCCUCAGUGAGAGAUGAUGAUAGCCUUGCAAGCACACCUGCCAUUCCAAGUUACAUGGCAGCCACAAGCUCAGCAAAGGCCAGGUCCAAAAUCAUAAGGCAUUCACCUGAAAAAAAAGGUGGUGGUGGUUCUGUUUCUGCAAGGAAGCGACUUUCUUUCUCACCCUCUUCUGCUGCUAAUUCAAGAAGGCAUUCUGAUCCUCCUAAGGUGGAAAUGGUUUACAAUAAGGAUGCUGCUGCGGCUACAGUAAGCAAUGGAAGGGGAAGGUAGUGUGCUGGGGAUGUCAUUGCCACUUCAGCAAUUCUUGUAGGAGCACAAUAUCUAUGGAUCUAUUUGGAUAAACUUCUCCAUAAUCACUUAUAAAUGAAGAAAAACAAAAGUAAUAUAGUCAAUUAAAUUUCUUUCGUAAGUUAAACUCAACUCGUGCACUUCGACUUUUAUAUAACUUCACUCAUCUAACUUUUCCACAGAUUGAGGUAGGUUGAUUUUAACUUUAGAAAGCUGUUUGAUUCAAUUUGCUUUUUUAUUUUUCUUCUUCUUUUAUAAGUGUUUUUGGAGAAGUUUAUUCAAAUAACACCUAUUAGCACAACCAAUUAAAAGACUCAAGAUAACAUUAAAAUAACUUCAGCACAAAUUAUAUUUUAAUGCAUCUUAAGCUUUUGAUUAGUUGUGUCUAUAGAGACUGUCUCAUGCGAGAACUACUCUUUUGGCCCCAAGUCUCUUAGAACUAUGAAUGAAGAUUUUGAUAGUUGCUUUGGUCCUCUUCUUCAGCUCCCCUCUUGAUGGUGCCUUCAGGAGUGAGAUACAAAACAAAAUUGGCUUAUUCAGUUUGUUCAUAUAAAAAAAAAUAGUUAUUUUCGUAAAUCUUUGUCAAACAUCUUUUACAUUUCUUCUUAACAAACUGUCUAGGUAGAUUGGUUUUUAGGAGUGACCCUAGUUUGUUUUAUGACAAAUUAUUUUUUUGGUUUA